UAAUGAUGAAAUGUGUGAUGCUCGCUACAUUACUGAUUUCAGUCUCAUGCAUAGACUUUGUGGCUGAUGAAUUUAAAUGGCCAGAUUGGCCAGUAUAUAGAUUCAAGACUUGGUCAGGAUUGAUUGAGCUAGAUGACGAUGGAGUUAAAAGGUUUAUAUAGAUUCUACAUUAGAAAUUUACAUUAUGUAUUUGUAGAGAGCCAAACAGAAGAUGCAGAAGUAGCAACUUAACCAGUUAUACUUUGGCUAAAUGGUGGUCCAGGAUGUUCAUCAUUGUUGGGUUUGAUGUAAGAAAUCGGUCCAUUUGUUAUUGAUAAUGGAGAAACUGAAUACUAAUAAAAUCCAUGGUCUUGGAAUAUGAAUGCUCAUUUAUUAAUAUUGGAAUCUCCAUUUGGAGUUGGAUUUUCUUAACCAGCCCCAGAUAAAAACUAUAAAUUCACAGAUGAGAAGACUGGAAGAUUUAACUAUGAGGCCAUCAGAUAAUGGUUUGAUACAUUCACAUAUUAUAGAGGUAGAGAUUUCUAUAUUGCUGGAGAAUCAUAUGCAGGUAUCAAAGUUAUUAAAUAUUAGGAAUGUACAUUCCCUAUACAGCAAAAGCAUUAUUGGAAGGAGAGAAAACAAUAGAUUAAAAGGAAAAAAUAUAAUUCAAGGGAGUAUUAAUUGGAAAUGGUGUAUUGAUCAAUAAUGAGAAAUUUAGAAGUUAAACUUCACUAAAGUUCUUAGCUAGAAGAUCAUUUAUUGAUUAUACUAAUUAGUUUAUUUUGAAUCACAAUUGUGCUUUAUAGCCCAAUUCAGCAAGUUGUAGAUAAGCAAAGAAAUCUUUGGAUGAUGCUAUUGCAUUAAUUAAUCCUUAUGGAGUUUAUUCAUAUUGUUGGGGUGACAGUACAUUGAAAUAAUACAAAGUUGAGAGAUAAUCAAAACAUAGAUUUUCAUAUACUCCUUGGUUAAAAUUAAAUGAAGAUGAUGAUGAUAGUAGUGCUCCUUGUAUUGAUUUUGGACCUUUAGCUAAUAAAUUAAACACUGAUGAAUAUAAAUAGGCACUUCAUGUAGAUAUGGAUACUGUUUGGACAGGAUGUAGUGAUCCAGUUUAUCUUUAAUAUACUAAAUCAGAGGGAAGUUAUUUAAUUUUACCUGAAUUAUUUUAAGCAGGAAUUAAAAUACUCUUAUAUUCUGGUGAUCAAGAUUUAGCUGUUAGUAUGGUUGAGACAUAUGAAAGUAUCAAAUAGAUACCAGGAGUCAAGGAAAUUAAAGGUUGGACUCCUUAUUUGAAUAUUCAUCCAGGAAAAUUGAAAGAUUAAUUAGCAGGAUGGAUUGUCGAAUACAAUUAUUUCAGAUUCCAAGUUAUCAGAGGUGCUGGACAUGUAAUAAAAUAUAUAUAUAUAAAUUAUAGAUGGUCCCAUAAGAUUAAAGAGAGAAUUCAUGGUUUAUGCUCGAUAAUUUUAUAUAAGGAGUUUGAC